UUGUUUGAUCAUAUUAUUUUAUUUAGAAUUAUGUUCAAAUUGGUAAUGAAUUUAAUUAUUUAAAUUUGACUUAAUUGAUAUGAAGAUAAAAUUUCUUUGUUCUUCAUAUAGUAACAUAUGGUCUAAUUAUAUCUUCUGUAAUUUCCCUUUAUCAGUUAAACUUACAUACGAAUAAUUAAUAUAUUCAUUUGAAUUAAACUUGAUGUAUCUAAUAUUUUUUAUUUUUUUAGGAAAUAAAAUACUUUUUAAAAAAAUAUUUACAUAUUAUUUUUUGAUGGAUCGGCUCAGGAAAAUAUGCGCCAAAAAACAGUCUGCUUAUAUUAAUGAUGACUUAGAAACACUUAAGGAAAAAAAAGAACGAUGGAAAAGUAUAUAUAUAAUUUAUUUUACUAUGUUUCUUAUGUCUCUUGGAUUCAGCAUAGUUUUAACUGGAGUCUGGCCAUAUUUAGAUAAGUUAGAUCGCACAGCAGGGAAAGAAUAUAUGGGUUAUGUAGUAGCAGCUAAUCCUUUAGGUCAAAUGCUAUUUUCUCCAUUAGUUGGUUGGUGGGGCAACAAAAGAGGAUCUGUAAGAAUGCCUCUUUUAAUUACAUUAUUCCUUUUUAUCUGUGCAUCAACAAUGUAUAGCAUCCUAGAAAUUCUACCAGGCGAUAGAAAGGCUCUUAUGGCUAGUGCUAGAUUCCUCGUUGGAGUUAGUUCUGCUAACGUUGCAGUAGCUAGAUCAUAUUUAUCUGCAGCUACAAAACUUACAGAAAGAACUCAGGCAGUUUCUAUGAUUACUCUUGCACAGGUUUUAGGAUUUGUAGUAGGACCUGGUUUACAAGCUGCUGUUACUCCACUUGGUGAUAAAACUCUAUAUUUUCUAGGUUUACCAUUUAAUAUGUAUACAAUGACUGGUUGGAUAAAUGUUGUAAUGGGAAUUAUUAAUUUCAUUUUAUUUUUACCAUGGAGUUUUAAAGAGCAUACAAUUGCUAUAAAAGAAGCUAUGCGUAAUGGUGGAAAAGCUACUGAAAAAGAAACAUGGAAGGCAAUAAAGUCUGAUUAUUUAGCAGCUUGGACAUUAAUCUGUGCCUUUUUUGUUUUGGUUUUUAAUUUUGUUCUUAUAGAAACAUUAGGUUCUCCUCUUACAAUGGAUCAAUUUGGUUGGUCAAAAACUGAAUCUUUAUAUUAUUUGGGAUUGUUAAUGAGUAUUGGUGGUGUGAUAGCAUGUAUCACGUUUGUAAUGAUUGGACCUAUUUGUAAAAGAUUUGCUGAAAGAAAAGUAAUGCUAUGGGGUGGUUUUCUAUUUAUGUUUAUUGGACGACUAUUUUGUAUUCCAUGGGGGCCUGAUCCUCCAAAGAUUGCUGAUUUUGGAUCUUUCGACAAUAUAACUACAAAUGAGAAUGGUUCAGAAAUAUUAGGAUGUCAAAGUACUCAAGAAUGGUGCAAAUAUACUCCACAAUUAACUGUACUACAAUUUAUUAUUGGAUAUAGUUUCACUAGUAUAGGAUAUCCUAUAGGAGUUACCUUAAUACAAACUAUAUUUAGUAAAGUUCUUGGGCCACGACCACAAGGUGUUUGGAUGGGAUUAAUGACAGGUGCUGGGUGUGCUUCUAGAGUUUUGGGACCAGUUUUUGUUAGCGUGAUUUACACGCGUUUUGGAACAUAUCAUACUUUUGGUAUUACAGGAGUAAUGUUAUUAGCUUCCAUGGUAUGGUUACAAAUAGUAAAUAGACGUUUAGUACCACCGACAAUAAUUAAAGUAAAUAAUAUAGAAGAAGAACAAAAGCAAGAUACUGUAAUACCUUUAGUUCGUAUUAAAUCUGAUAUUGAAGAAACAAAUGAAACGCACAAAUGUGAUAUAAGUUAUGAUAAAAAGUAAAUAUUGUUAUGAGAAAGCUAGAAUUUGAUUUGUGAUAUCAUUUAGAUAUCUGGAUAUAAAUAAUAUACAUUUCAAUUAUACUUUCUCAUAUCAAAAAAUUGAAAUUGGAGACUAAUAAUAUCAACAAAUAUUUUACUUGAACUCUACUAUGUGCGCAAGUCCAACCAAUCAUAAUAGAUUAUACAUAUAAAUAUGAUAUUAUUAUGAUAUAAGAAGCAAUAUAUUUUGAUGCCUAUUUACAUUUUUUUAUUAUGCAAUAUAGUUUUUAGAAAAAAAAUAUAUACGAUAAAUGAAAGAAAGACUAUCUAUAUAUAAUCAUAGAUAUAAUUUUACAAAUUUUAUUAAUGAUACUAAACUAUUAGAAUACAGAAGUAACAUAAUUUUUUCUCUUUUUAGAUAUAUUAAACCGAAUAUUAUUUGAAAAAUUAUUAAAUUAUAUACCAUUUAUUUGAAGCAAUAACAUUUACAUUUUACAGUUAAUAAAAUAUAUAGUUUGAAACAUAUUCAAAUAUAUUGAAAAAAUGAAGAAAAUAAAAUUCCUAUGUAAACUAUAAAAUUAUAAUUCAUUUAAUAUUCUGUC